AUGAAGUGGAUAGAGAAUCUUCAGAUUUGUUCUUUCUUUGUGUCAAUUUACCUGCUGACACAAGCUGAAUGUGGUCCUGUGGAUGCAGCCUUAGCUAGGAGUGAUGAAAAAGAUGCUCCGAUUAUGGCACAUAGGGGUUUCACAAGAGAAAGAAGAGCUAUAGAGGACUGUUCAGGCCUCCGGAAAGAUCUUGAUGAGAUGAAGAUUAAAUGUAGGGAUUCUUAUAAAGUAGCGAAGAACAAUAUUGAUGGUCUUAAAAGCGAGCUGAAUGGUCUUGUUAAACAAGUCAGUACCAGUCCAGCCAAGGAUGUCUUAAACAUUCUCCAGAAAGUCAUUAACCUACAGGAGCUGGACGCGAUAAUAAGCUCUGAGAGAGAUGCCACAAAGAUUGAAAGACUGGACAAGCGUCGAAAGGAUGCAGAGAGAGACUUAGCAGGGAUCAAGACAGAAUUCUCAGGAAGUGUAGAAAUUUUCGAGCGGGCAGUUUCAAAGAUAAGCACAGAGACACUGAAAAGCGAUAAGGCAACCUCAACACCUCUUAAUGAAUUAAAGAAAUAUCUGGAAGACAAGCUCCAACAACCAGGGGAAAAAGGUGGCAUUGCAGACCAGGUGCUGCAGAUUGUUAUAUUGCAAAUUAAAGCAAUGGAACUGAAGACGCGUAUCUCUGGUAAAUUUAAGACGCAAGCGCAGAUGGAUGUAAUUAUAAGCAAACUGGAGUAUAAAAAUGGCCUUCUAUCAGAUCUGAAAGAGGAACGAGAAGUGAGGAGAGAAAACAGAGAAAAAAUUGAUAUACUCAUAGCAGCACUGGAGAAAGAAAUAUUAGAGCUGAACGGCAAAUUAUCAGCUCUUAAACAAAUAUUUGUUCAGCUUGAUGAACAGACAAAUGAAUUUGAUGGGAAAAGAAUAGAAAUAAUGGACAAACUUGCCAAAUUUAAGGGAAAAGAUGAGAUAAUUUCUAGAAUUCUUAAACUCCAGUUUGAAUUUAUGGAGGCACUAAUUACGGGACAGGGACAAAUGAAAGCAGACGAAUUUAAGAUAAAUGAUCUCCAGAAAGAGCUUGGAAAGGAACAGGACAGGGCAUUAUAUCUGGAUGCUGACAACAAAAGUUUACGCAAAAAGUUGUUUGUCCAGACAGAACAAUGCAAAGACCUGAUGGAUCUGUACAUGAAUGCAGAAGCUGAACUGGAUAUUCAAGUAAAUAAUAUAUUAGAUAAAACCUCAAAGGCAGCUCUCCAGAUUAUUUUGCUAGGCUUCGAAAUAGACCAAAUAAUGAAGCAAAUUAAAGCAUCCUCAUCUAAUGACGAUUUGAAGCGAAUACGGGAUGAAAAACUCAAAGAACUGACGUUGAAAAAGGAGGAACUUCAGAAAAGUGACGCUAGCUCUGAAAAAAUUCUUAAAGUGAUAUCGCAGAUGGAGGAAAUCUGGAAGAUACAGAGUGAAGAUCCAGACAACUUAAAUAAAAUCAGCAAUCUGCAGAAGGAUCUCCUGAACUUGAUAAGCAAAUUAGAUGAUAAAAUGGCUUCAAAACCAAUGCUGAAAAUCAUUGCUCUCCAGUCUGAUGUUACCUGGAUAAGAGAAAUGCUGAAAACUGUGACUACACAGGCUGAGAUCCAGAAAGCUGAGCUUCAAAAGGCACUGGAUGACGUAAAACGUUUGCUGAAUGAAAAAAACAAAGAGCUGGCUGCUGCGACCGGUGAUGUCAGUCAGAUACAGAAAGAUAUUGCUGCUCUGAAGAAAGAAGUUUUGACAUUGCAAAUCCAAAAAGACACAACUGAAAGGAAUGCGAUGCAGAAGAUUAAAGAUCUUCAAGAUAAACUAAAACAGAGUGAGGAGGCAUUGGAUGAUGCCAAUAAAUCACUAAAAGAGAAGAAUGCCACACUAUCACAACAAAUUGCAAAGAUCAACAAUCUCUUAGACGAAGUGAGAACCUUGAAACAACAAGUGCAAGAAAAAGGAUCCCAAGUAAAUGCUAGAAUAGCUGAUCUUAAAAGGAGCCUAACGAGGAAGGAGGAGGAAAAUGCCAAAAUUCGUGCUGAGAAUGAAAAGCUGAGAAAAGAUUGCGUGGACACUGCUGAAUGCCCUGAACUCCAGAAAAAAUAUAACGAAAUGCAGGCUGAAUAUAACGAUACCAUUUCUAAGCUGAACAAUGACAUUCUUAAGAAGGCUUAUAUCAUUAAAAGUCUAAUGGAUGAAGUUCAGUACCUGGAUGAGCAAACCGCACAAGGAUUCCCAGGUAAUGAAGAACUGAAGCUAGAACUUGAAGAAAAGAAAAGAGAAUUGAAGGAGGCAAAGCAGAAAUUGCAUGCUGAGGGAUCCAUAUCAGCCAAAACUCUGGAUGUACUUGAGUUGCUAACUAAUAUAGGGAAGCUUCAAGAAAAUCCAACUGAAGACAAUUCAGAAAAGAUCCGCAAACUGGAAGCUCAAUUAAAUGGUUUGCUGGCUGAGUUGCAAAACUCUGGAGAGAAAGGGCUUGGACUGGCCUUGAAAAUAAUGUCUAUAAAGGAAUCAAUGUCUAAACUAAAACAAGCACAAGCACAAAUGCAAGAGAAAUAUGCAAAGGAAGUCAAUGGAUUAAAGAGUCAAAUAGAGAACAAAGAAAAAGAGAUUUUGCUGUUGCGGGCUAACUGUGAACUGUCAGAUAAGCUGAAGGACAGGAUACAAAAUCUAGAAAAGGAACUAGAGGAAAGCAAACAAAAUGUUAAAAAACUGCAACAAGAAUCAAACGAUAAGAUUGCAUCACUACAGAAACAAAUUAAAUCAAAGGACCAGCAGCUUGCUAACACUGAAGAUCAACUGCAAAAGACAAAUGCUGAAAAUGCUGCUUUGAUCAAACAGCUGAACAAUCUGAAUGAUGACUUGAAGAAACUCAAAGAGGAGAAAAAUAAGGCACUGCAGAAUGCAAAAGAAGAAAUUGACGGUUUAAAAGAGAAAUUGCAAAAACAGGAAAGAGCGCUUACUGAAAAGGAUUGGUACCUGAGGGAGAAAAAUGAAGUCAUUGCUGCAUUGAAAAAGCAACAGGACAAUAUGAAGGGCGAGCUUGAAAAAGUAGAGAACAAAAACAGAGAGCUAGAGACAGAGCUUAAAGCGAAGGACCAGCAACUUGCUAAAACUGAAGCCAAACUAAAGGAAAUAAAUGCUGAAAAUCAAGACUUGGUUCACAAGCAGAAGAAACUUGAAAAGGAACUACAAAAAAUUACAGGGGAGAAAAAUGAAUUACAGGAAGAAAUCUCUGAUCUAGAAAAGACAUUGGAAGCAAAAAAACAAGAACUUGCUAAGAAGGACCAGAAACUCCAGGAGAAGGACAAAGAAGUUGCUACACUGCAAAAGGAAAAUGCAGAUACAAAGGCCGAGCUUAAAGAAGAGAAAAAAAAAAUAAACGGUGUGAUCAAUGAGAACGAGAAACUUAGACAAAACCUGGAGGAGACUAAAAAGAAAGUAGAGGAACUUAAGGGUGAGAGAUUUCUUUUAUCUAAGCCAGAAGUAUUACUAGCUUUAUUUUCACAAUUAACAAUGUAUGGUUUUAUUUCUUUUAUAACUCUUUAUCCAGAAAUUAUAAGUGAAAAAAAAGAACCUCCUAAGAGUGAAUGGCCGAGGUUUGAUGCAGACACUGCCCACCGCAGACUCAUCUUGUCACAGGAUGAGAAAGAAGCACGUACCUCUUUAUUCCCUCAGCCUGUACCUGACAGUCCUGAGCGCUACGACACAGCUAUUGCAGUUCUGGGAAAAGACGGAUUUGAUUCUGGAAAGCAUUACUGGGAAAUAGGGGUGAUUGGAAGAAAUUGUUAUGUUGUGGGUGCAGCCAGGGCGUCCGCUCAGAGAAAAGGUAUUUUGAGAUAUGGCCCUUCAGCUGGCUAUUGGGUUAUUCAGAAGAAUAGAGGUUCAAAACUUUUUGCCAAUGCUGACAGGCAUGUCCAUCUACAAGCUGAGGAACCUUCUGUAAUUGGGGUCCAGUUGGAUUUUAAAAAUAAUAAGGUAACUUUUUAUAAUGCAGAAAAAAAGCUUGAAAUCUUUAUCUUCACUGGCAAUGAGCUGCAGGGGGAAAUCCAUCCAUUUGUUGAAACCUGCAGUGAUACUAAUUUAAAUGAGCCUCCCUUGAUCUUAAAGAAAACUCAAUCCACAGACUGGCUCAAGCAGUGAUCUCCAUGUAUUAGGAGUCUGUUUUUGUAUCCAAAGAAAAUGCUUUCUGCUUUGAUAUCUUGGCUUAUUGCUACUCUCAACUGCAUGCUUGAAUGGCAUCUUUCAUUUUAAUAAAUCAUCUAUAUUUCAGAAACAUAAAAAUUUAUCUAAUAUGUUGGUGUCUUUUUUAACAUUUAAAUGGAUGAUUCAUGCAGAAAUGCAAAAUCUGUCAGCAUUUACUCACCCUCAUAUUGACCUACUUUCUUACUUAAAGGAGAUACUUUGCAAAAUGUCUCAAGUGUUUUUUGUUCAUACAGUGGUAUGGACAAGUCAAUGGUAGCCAGAACUGUUUGCUUGUCAACAUUCUUCGAAAUAUCUUCUUUUAUGCAGAAGAAACAAACACAUACAGGACUGGAAUGACAUGA